GUACUUCUUAGUGAUGAAAUUAUUGCAAAUGGUUUCCAUUCCUGUGAGAGUGAUGAAGAUGACAGAGCCUCUCAUGCGAGCUCUAGCGACUGGACUCCGAGGCCACGUAUAGGACCCUACACUUUUGUCCAGCAACAUCUCAUGAUAGGAACAGAUCCACGUGCAAUUCUGAAAGACUUGUUGCCAGAAACUAUUCCUCCCCCUGAACUGGAUGAUAUGACAUUGUGGCAAAUAGUUAUUAAUAUUCUAUCUGAACCUCCUAAAAGAAAAAAGCGGAAGGAUAUUAAUACUAUGGAGGAUGCUGUGAAACUCCUGCAAGAAUGCAAAAAAAUAAUUGUUUUAACUGGAGCUGGGGUAUCUGUUUCUUGUGGAAUUCCUGACUUCCGAUCUAGAGAUGGUAUCUAUGCACGCCUUGCAGUUGAUUUCCCUGAUCUUCCAGAUCCUCAAGCCAUGUUUGACAUUGAAUAUUUCCGAAAAGAUCCAAGGCCAUUUUUUAAGUUUGCAAAGGAAAUAUAUCCUGGACAGUUUCAGCCAUCUCUCUGUCAUAAAUUUAUAGCGCUGAUGGACAAAGAAAGAAAACUACUUCGCAAUUAUACUCAGAAUAUAGAUACACUGGAACAAGUUGCAGGAAUUCAAAGGAUAAUCCAAUGUCAUGGCUCCUUUGCAACAGCUUCUUGCCUAAUCUGUAAAUACAAGGUUGAUUGUGAAGUUGUUCGUGAAGACAUUUUUAAUCAGGUUGUUCCUAGGUGCCCCAGGUGUCCACCCGAUGAACCCCUCGCCAUCAUGAAGCCAGAAAUAGUGUUCUUUGGUGAAAAUCUACCUGAGCAGUUUCAUAGGGCCAUGAAAUAUGACAAAGAUGAGGUUGAUCUUCUUAUUGUUAUUGGGUCUUCACUUAAAGUAAGACCUGUAGCAUUGAUUCCAAGUUCCAUCCCCCAUGAAGUGCCUCAGAUUUUAAUUAAUAGGGAACCAUUGCCUCAUCUACACUUCGAUGUGGAACUUCUUGGUGACUGUGAUGUAAUUAUCAAUGAAUUAUGUCAUAGGAUGGGUGGCGAAUAUACAAAACUUUGUAACAGCUUGGUCAAACUUUCAGAAAUAACCGAGAAACCUCCACGAGUGCACAAGGAACUUGAAAAACACUUAGCUGAGUUACCACCAACUCCUCUUAACAUUUCUGAAUAUUCUAGUUCACCUGACAGAAUGGCACCACAGGAUUCUCGGGUGGUACACUCAGAGCACUCCUUUGAAUAUAAAGCAGGAAAUUCUGAUGUUGCCUUGGUGCCUAAAGAGAACUGUGUAGAAGGGAAAACACAUGAAGUUCAAAAUUCUUUAGAAAACGCAGAAAGUCUUACUGACCAGUUAGAAAACCCAGAACAUGUAAAAGAAAAUGGAUCUAACCAAAGUGAAAACAAGGAAAGAGUUUUAUCUGUUGAAACACUGAGAAAAAGUUGGAUUAACCGAUGUGCAAAAGAGCAGAUAAGCAAGCGACUUGAUGGUACUCAAUACUUGUUUUUACCCCCAAAUCGCUAUAUUUUCCAUGGUGCUGAGGUAUACUCAGAUUCUGAAGAUGAUGUCAUAUCCUCCAGCUCCUGUGGAAGUAGCAGCGAUAGUGGGUCCUGUCAUAGUCCAAGCUUAGACAUAGAAGAUGAAAGUGAAAUUGAAGAAUUCUAUAAUGGCAUAGAAGAUGAUGAUGUUCCUGACAGAGAAGAGGAGAAUGGCUUUGAGGAAGAUGGAACUGACCUUCAGGAAUCUGUUGAUGAGUCAACUUCUGUAAAUGACACUGUAGGACUUGAGCAUCCAGCAGACAAGCUGUAAAAUAAUUACUGAUUCCAGGAACUUUUCCACCAGCAUUAGAAAUUUUGGCAUGUCAGAACGAAUGUGUACUGAAUUUAGUGCAAGGGAUAAGGAUGUAAUGUUUAUACACAACUAGAAUAGAUUUUCAUGCAUAGUUUUCUAACUUUUCAAAUCAAUUCUAUAAAGGCACACUCAACACUAACUGAUCUUAUGUUUUGAAUUUUGAAGAAGGUACUAAGUAUCUUUUACUGUCACUGCAUUCAGGUUUAUUAAGUUAAUCUGUGUGAUCUGCGUGUAUAUAUACAGUAUUUUUGCUUAACAAAUUUCAGCAUAUUAUUUUUAAACAGUUUGAAAAAGCCAUUGGAAUGUUAAUGUAAUAUAAAGGGAACAGCUAAUCUAGACCAAAGAAGGGUAUCUUCCACUCCUCUCUUGCUUUGUUAUAUUUAAAGCCCGCUUAUAUUUUUCCUAAUUCUCUUACUGCAUAAUCUGUUCAACACUGGUAUUUCCCCAGAAUUUCUAUGGCAGCUAUGUUUGUUUUAACAUUGCUCUUCCUAUUGAGAUGCAUGUGAGCAUACUGAAAAUUAAUUAGUCAUCACAGCAAGCACCUAAU